CAUUCUGCGGAAACAAUAACAUUCUCUAUGGGUCUUUGGCUGAGGGGUAGAUACGGUGAUCACUAACUCUAGGUAAAAGUUUUCUGCAAGAAAUUCCACUAGGACUUUUUAAAUGUUUUAAGAAUUGCUCAGUGACAGGUAUCCAUCCCUUCUGCUGUUCCAAGCUCUGACAUGACUGGCAGAGCUUGCAAGCUAAUCAGGAAUGGACCCCAUUUUUUCCUAAACUGUCUUGCUUCCUCAUUUCUAUUCUCCAUACUAACUCCUUUUCCCUUCGCUUCUCCUUCCAGAAAAAACCUACCUGCAUCUCCUAGGGUUUCCCACCAACUGCGCCCAGCCUCACAUCCUUUCGCACAUGGACCAUGCACACUUCAAAGUGUGUAUCAAACUGAUGUGCAUGUAUUACCCAUGCAUCAAACUGGACCUUCAGCAGCAGGGGGAAUGGGGGAAGAGCGUGCAGGAUGCCCUUGUCUAAUGAGGCAAGGAGAACAUCCUCUAAUGAGUGUUUCCCGGUGCUGGCCCUGGAGCAAUAGAGUGGACAUUUCCUGUUCAGGGUUCAUUGCUAAUACCUACCUGACCACACUGGAGCCAACCAAUAUGGGUCUAAACACCCCUGGGUUUAGCCCGGUUUCUGGAGCAGUGUUUGAAGCCCAGUUUCCUGCCAGGAUCAGCCAUGACCAUGAACAAUACUAACUGAUAUAAUCAGAAUCAUCAAUUGGUAAUGAACAGCUUAUUUAAUAGAGAAGAACAAAUCACAAUUAAAUGGUUCCUACAAAAAGGCCACCAGAACACUCCUCUAUAGGACUAAGGGUUCUUUUUAGUUUUAUCAUCAAACAUAAAAAAAAUAAAAAGUACCAAGCCAAUUAACUAUGAGAAAGGAGAAUGAAUUAGAAAGAAUUUUAACACUGCUGACUGUAUUCUGACUGUAUUACUUUUACAAACUGCCCCAAAGGAUUAAGAUGUCCUUAAUAGUCAAGUUUCCUCUUCUGUACAGCACAGACAACUGGAAUUAAUGACUUAAUUUCUAGGUAAUUUUAAGGUUUUAAUUCCUUCAUAACAAAAAGAUGGUCAAUCUGUGCUAAACUGGUAUUUCAGCCAACAUGACCUUCAUCACAAUCCUUAUGAAGAGAGCAAUAACUGAAAUGGCAGUUUAUGUGUGCAUUAAACUCACCAUCACAAUGAAUCAGUGCUGGAUUUGGGAAUAGAACUCAGCAGUCGCUAUUGCUGCUUAACCACCAAACAUCACCACUUAUCACCAUGAAUUUAAUUAUGAGGUCUUUUUUUAAUGUUUUGAUUAAUUUUUUUAAAUUAGAUUUUUUAAUGCUCUGCCAUUAUAAGUGCUAUUCUAAGCUGGUGUUUUCCAUGGCCUGCUGAAGAGAGCUUCUAAAAAUAUCUAUUAGUAUUAACUUAAUUUUAGACAAGUAGAUUAUCCAUUUUUUUUCACAAAUAAUUAAAAGAAUAUGGUCAACGGAAUGAGAAGAGAAACUAGCAAGAGACACAGGAGAUACCGCAACUUGACAACAGAAUGACUCCCCCAUAUUACCACAAAUUGAAAAAAAGGAACUUAUAUUAGUUUAAUUCUUCUAACCUAAUCAAAGACAAAGAGGCAAUGGAAUCAAGGGAAUGCCAUAUUACAUUAAAAACAUUUUUGCCCUGUGCCACACCAUACACAGGGCAAAUAUUUGUUUUAAAUGUGCUGCGAUACUUAACGUGAAACAGUGCUAUCCAGACAGAAGAUGGAAGCUGUACCCACCCUUGUGUCACAAAACUAUCCUUUCUGCACUCAAGUCUAAACACAAAUGGUAAGAUAAUGGCAGGAUACAUGAUCUCUGUGUUGAGUGCUCAUUUAUCCCAUCCCUCAGUUUGACACAUAUAAAGAGGGUUUGCUUGAACACUAAAUAAGAUGAAAACCAGAUAACUGAUAUUUUCCAGAAAGUAUUUUAACUCCUUUCCAUGGUACCAAAAAGUGCAUAUUCCCUGACAGUUAUUUCAUAUAAAACAUCAACUGAAAUGGAUUGAACAUUAGGAUGUAUUUGAUACACUGCACAUAUUUGAGCAGUUCACUAGGGUUUCAUAGAUAUUUUACUUAAUAUCCAUGACUUUGUUGAGUACACCAUGUAAUAUAAAUGAUACAGGGAAACGGUUUUUAUUCUGCAACUUCCUGCUCUUCAAAGAAUGGUGAUUUCACAUUUAUCAGGACUCUUCUUUAACAUUGUGUCCUCACUUAAAUUGAUAUAUUUCUUCAGUAAUCAUAAAUGAACGUACAAUUUCUCCUUUUGGAUAGUACUAUGCUUUAAAUUAGUGUUGCAUAAAUACCGUUACCUUUU